CUCUGUCUGAAGACAAGACAGCAGCUCAUCACAUCACUAACCACAGAAGAAGAGAUGGCCCAGAUCAGAGCCCCUGUUAUUGUGCUGCUCGUGCUCCUGGCUGUGGGGCUGUUCACUACUGAGGCUUCUGCAGCUAAACAAGCACGUCGUAGAAGAUUCUGCUGUCAAAGUUAUACUGGUGGGGAAAUACCUUCUGCAGUUAUCGUAGGAUAUACCCUACAGACCACGACUGAAAUCUGCAGAAUCCCUGCCAUCAUAUUCCACACUAAAAAUGGGAAAGAUUUGUGUGCAGACCUUUCCCAGAGCUGGGUGAUCCAACAUGUCAACCAACUGAGGGACAAGGCGGUUCACAUCAGUAAAUCACAGUCCUAAUCCAAUGAUGGGUUCUGGAUACAGAGGAGCAGAACAUGUGUAUUUAACAGUCAGGAGCUGAACAUGUUAAUACCCAGUGUAUAUAGUGUAUAUCCCAUCCUGUUUCAUCUGCUAUCCAUCUACCUAUAUCUUCUUAGUCCUAUAUUUUCUGGGCUGAUUUUAUAUGAAUAUAUUUAGCAAAUUAAAAAAAUGUAGUUAUAAUACAACGCUUUAUGAGCUAUAAGGUUAAGAUCUCGUUGUAAGACAGGAAACUAAAUGUUUAAACUUUUUUUCAUGAAAACAUUUGUUACUUUUUGUCACUGUUACAAUUUAUGUCUAUAAUAAAUGUUAUAUAUUUUACUAUAACCUGUUUGUAUAUGAAAUAGGCUUUGUCAUUGCAGAGUUUAAUGGUUUGAUCUCGUUUUAUGGGCAUCAGAAAUUGCACACGUUGUAACAUUUUAUUCAUACAAGUCUUGUGUAUGAUCAUAUCAUUGAUCACAUCUGUUGCUUUAAACUCUUACUUUAAUAUUUUAUGUCUAUAAUAAAUAUAUUUU